AGAAAAGAAGAAGAAACAUCUCUAGUGUAAAGAACUGCAACAAGGAAACAAUAGUUAAAGUUGAAUGUGGGCUUGUUUUGUUAUCGUUUAGGGUUGUGUCGCUCUCGCUGUGUGUUUGUGCUGCCCUAACAAUGCCAUGGUUAAUUCAGACGGCUGUUAAGGAGAACUAUUAACAUCUAAAAAUUAGUUUUUUUUUGACAAUGGGCUCAGUGAAGUUCAACGCUGGAUCAGAAAGUUCUUCCACGGCGGCAACAGUCACAGAGGCCAAGUUGAUAUGCCAGGGACUAAACAACCAGAGCUACAUCUGUGAGUCGGGUCACUGCUGUGGAGAGACUCAGUGCUGCAGCUACUACUACGAACUGUGGUGGUUCUGGCUGGUCUGGGCUCUGAUCAUCAUCCUCACAGGCUUCUGUUUGUGUCAGCACUGGCGUUCCAAGCAGCGCUUCCAGCAGCAGCGCCGGCAGAACGAGAUCAACCUCAUCGCCUACAGAGAGGCCCACAACAACUCCCAGCUCCCGCUCUAUCUCAGGAUUUUACCCACCUACCUGCUGCCAGACUAUGAGGAGGUGGUCGACCGCCCGGCCACGCCUCCUCCUCCGUACACCCCGGCCCAGUCGGGACCUUCGCCCACAGAGCCGGCCGGAGACGGUUCCUUCCCCCAGUCGUCCGCCUCCGUCCCCGGCGACGCUGACCCCGCACUCCCCCCGAACCCAGAGCCCACGCAGACCCACUCUCCGGGCGCCCACAGCCCAAACAAGGACUCGACGCCGGGCAGGUUCCGGCGCUUCACGGGCGAUUCGGGGAUCGAAGUGUGCGACGUCCAGGAACUGUGGGACCAGCACAGCCUUUUAGAACGAGAGGAAGAGACUGAGGAGGAGGAGGCGGGGCAGGUCGAAGACCCGUGCGACCGCUGCGACCUCCGCAGCCGCACAGCUGAACUCAGCCACAUCAGUGACGCCACUCACCAAACACAAAGCGUCUUAAGUGACCGAGAAUAACGUCUUAAACGCGCGCAGGAGGCAGCGAUCCUUGUCUGUGACAGGAGACCUGCAGACAAAACGGAAAAGGUGCAACUACACGAUUUUACAGAUGAAAAACGGCACCUUCAUGUACCUGCACCUUCAGGUUUAAAGCAAUAUCCACGAACUCUGAGGAACAAAGUCUGCUUGCAAUUUAUAUACAACCUGAGAGCUCUGUUUUAUCACUUUUAUUUUAUAUAUAUAUCCAUCACUUUGUAUAGGAUCAUGUAAGGAUUGUGACCAGGGGCCUCAUUUACGUUCACUGUCACAUAAACAUGCAAAACUCUAAACAGACAGAACCUGACGUACGAGCAUUUUAGAGACUUUUAUGAUGAUUUUCUCUCAGGUUUAAUAACAAAUCGUUAUAUAUAAUAUAUAAUUAUUGAUUAAGCAUCUUUAUGCUGGUAAAAGGCUCAGACACAGAAUAUAAAUAACAGAUUGUCUCCUUUGUUUUGGAGCAAAGAAGAUCAAGUUUAAGUGUCUGCAGCUCGGACUAAAGCAACACAACAAAUUAAGAAUCGUUGCCAAUUUCAUUGAAAAGUUACAGUUUAAGGCUUCGAUGUCAUUUUUGCACUUUGCAAAUUCAGGACUAAGGUAGCAUGCGUCAGGCGGCAGAUUCUGCAGCUGCUUCCAACUAUAAUGAAAUAAUUAUUAUAUUUAAUCACAUUUUAUUACAGAAAUGAAGAACGGGGCUUUUAAUAAAAUCUAAUACAAAUUGACAAACUGAUCUUUUCAUGCACGAGGCUCCUUUUUUCCAAAGGGACUUUGUGUGGAUCCAGUGCACAGUUUUACAAAUGAGGCCUCGGAGUUUUAUUAUUUUUGUUUUUUGGACAAAUCAUGUAAAUGUUUCUCAACCAGCUCUAACGCAACGCACAAACAAAACCUGCUGUUAUCAAAUCUGUGCUGAGCUGAAAUCAGAGCCUGCUGAUCUUAAAUAUCUCAAUUAUCUCAGGUUGUAGCAGAAUACGGAGGAAAAUCAACGGAGCAGCACUGAUUUAGUAGAAGUGUGAUUAAAUACCUUUUAGUUCUCAGGUUGUUUUUUUUGUUUUUUUUUACAGAUUAAAUCCACUAAACGUCCUUCAUAAACUGUCCCGUCACUACGGCCAAAAAAAGGAAUAAUGGGUUGAAGCCACAUAUGAAUGCAACGUGUUUUUGUUUUGUUUUUUUACAUGUGGGGUAAAAUUACCAAAACAUAGGGGAUAACGUGUCCUCUGUACAAACAGCCAAAGCUGUGCACUGCUGUUAAAAAAGCCAAAGACGAACGUUUUUAUUGCUUUGCCUUCGAUCACAUGAAACAGAAGUUUAUUUAUCUCACGUGUGGGAAAUAUCCUCGUCACAGUAGCUCAGAAUUAGACACGAAUAUAUAGAAAAAUCACAUCACUCUGGAAAAUAUAUAGAGGAAAAUAGAAACAUGAGGACGUUCUGUGGAGACCGUGUGGAAAAUGGGAAUUAAAAUUAAAAAUUAAAAUACAAACUGGUUAUAUAAUUGCUAAGAUUAUAAAAGGUGGACAUGGAGGUGGAAGAGAAGUCUGUCAGCUGUUUCAGGUUUAAAUUGUGUCUUUAUUCUGGAGAGUCUUAAUACCACAAGUCAUUUUAAAUACACUAUUGAAUGAUGCCCGGACUGACUUCUCACCCGUAGAGAUUAUUUAGACGAACUACCUGGAGUUAAUAACUGAUGAAGCUUUCAGUGGUUAAUCUUAAUCUCUGCACACUGACCAAACGACAGAACAUUUAAAUAAGAGCAUCUUAUUCUGGAAGCGUCAUGAUGCAGAUCUGAGUAAACGUGAUAAAUGUGUCAGGAAGCUGAUGAGCACCUUCUGUUGUUUCAUAUAUGUAGCAUUAAGCACCUGCUGCUACUCUGUGUAUAUACUUUAUAAUCACUGUCUGCCUAAAGAAAUGAUAUUUUUCUGAUGCAUUUUUUUUUAAAUAAAACUUGUUUAAUAAAAUGAA